UGCUUUAUUGCGUGCAGAAGUAGUACGAAGAGUAGUGGUAUAAACAUUUCAUUUGACAUUACAGCGUCUAGACGGUCUAGACUGGCUGUGGGGCCCACCCAACCCCUAUAUUCUACGUACCCGACCCUCCUUAGACAAAGGUGCUGAAGAUGACCACCUCCAUCUACGUCCAUCUAGUGCCGAGGUCGAGAAUGAUGGAGCUGUACGUCCAUUCUCUGAGACAUAUUCGUGGUGUGUAAAAAGGAGUGUGAACACCAAUGUGAUGAAUGCCGUGAUUUCGCUGUGUCACUUCUGUGAGCUUCAUGGCCCCAGUGUUCUGUUCGUGACACAAGCGUUUCAUGAGCCUGAUGGCCCAGAAACAGAAAGAGAGAUUGAACAACCCAAGUUCUGUUAUGGUAAUGCAGUGGGAAGGUGCAGAACAAUAUCAAACAACAUGCCAGUGUCUUGUGAGGCCUGCCAAUCAUUGGACCCUAAACAGAAGUUCUUAUGCAAUGAUCAUGAGGGACGAAUCAGUUACUUGAGCACACAACAAGCUACUCAGCCUGAUGUGGCAGCUCUUGUUCGCCAGGCCUGCAUCCGCAGCCUGAGUUGUGAGGUGAGUCCUGGAAAGGAGGGUCCUGUCUUCUUUGGGGACGAAGUUCGAGGUCAUGUGUUGAGUUAUACAUUUUUUCUGAAAGAUGCACAAGCUCGAGGAUUUCAUCGCUGGUUCAGCAUUACUGUUCUCAUGAGAGACAAGUUUUUUCUGCUUAACUCAUGGCCUUUCCUUGUGGAUAAUAUCAUGACUCUUGUCUCUGCACUUCAGGCAAAAGCUGCAAAAUCUGGUAUUUAUGUUCCUAAGGUAUAUGAAUGUGAGCAAGCAGAAUGCCCACAACGUGCAUUAAGGCUUAUAGUAGCACAUGGCAAUUCUGACAGCAAACAUCAGCAGCAGCGUACAUCACGAUCUCUAGCUGAAUUGACCGCUGAUAAGGAAGUGUUUUCUUGGCUUCAUCUUAGGUUCACAUGGUUGUUGAAGGCUGGAGCUGAUCGACUGGUGGAGAAGAUAGUAGAAGGUUUACCAACACCAGAGCUUUACAAUCACCAAGAGACAGAGGAAGGCUUUACCCUUGUGACAACAGCAAAGCAGGUUCAUUCUCCAGUACUGGAGCUUGAAGCGAGUGCAUCACAUGAUGCUAGUCCAAUUUCUCCAGUUGUUCAUAACAUACGCCAUCUUCACCAGAUUUUGGGUCCAACACCAUUCCUUUCACUGGCAUAUAGCCUUAUGGUUGGGAGGCAGUUAAUAUUACGUGGCAAACCUGCAGGGCUUAUAGCCAGUAUAGCUAAUUGUCUUAAUGUAUUGGUACCACGAUCAUGUUACCAAGCAGUGCUGAACUCAGAUCAGUAUUUGGAUGUGAGUCACUGCAACAUACUGAGUGUGGAGCCACAGGUUGCUGUUCCGCAGCCCAGUCCAGACAUCCUACGCCUUGAUGUUCUGCAGCCAUGUGACCAUGCUGAGCAGAGUGAUGUAAACAAGUACACCUAUAAAAUAACAUGGGGUGACAAGCUUCCCAAGAAAUGUCCAACUGUGCUACUUGCAAUGGAGAAGGCUAUUGAGAAUACAAAACUGAAUGACAGUGCCAUGCACUACCACUUCAUAGCUCUCAAACAAGAAUGGCUUGGCAUAGCAAAAGUGGUGCACCGUGUGCAGCAGUGGAAUGGAGGACAACCGCAGGAUGUGACUGCAUUGUUGCAAGCCAUGGGAGCUCAAGAACAAGAUCAAGGUUUACUGGAAUUCUGGGGAGCUAGUGCUACGUACAAAGAGCAUUAGAUGUGGCAUCUUAGUGCUAGUGAUGCUGUAUAGAAGAAUAACACAGUCUGAAGCAAAAUGAAACUGAAAAGAACAUAUAAAAUUUGAGGUUUUCGUGGCGGCGAAGAUUCAUUUUGUACUCUUCUCUGUUUUGACACUGUGCUGCUGUGUGAUAAGUGAAUACCAACUGUUGUACCCUGUCCCAUAGAAUUGUGGCUGGGGACCCUGAGUUCAGGACGACACUUGUACGUAGUUUGACAAAAAUGCUGUUUCCUGGUUGCAUGAGUUGUGAGUAAGGCGCCAUUAAAAGAGCAAAUAGUCAGGCUAAAUA